GGUGAGUUACAUUCUUUUUUUUUUUAGCAACAUUUGAUUCACAAGUAAAAGGUAAAUGUUGUGUUAACGCCCUCUUCGCUUUCUUGUUAUAUUGACGAUCUUCGGUAACCCUCGCCACUGAUAACCGGAAGCAUGUAGUGAAGCAUCUCGCACUGUAAGGCCCUCUCUGCUGCUCGUCUCAUCACCACCGCCACCAUCAUCACCAUCCCCAUCAUCAUCAUCAGCGGCGGCAGCAGCCCCGCCUCAGGACAUGAACCGCUGGCUGGUUCCUCCCCGACGCAACGUCCCCACAUCUGGCGGGCUGUCAGCACACUGAACUGCCGCUCCGUUUCCACCGGCGCGGCAUGCCCACAUCCACGCCGUUUCGCAACGAGAAGAAAAAGAAGCGGGUUUCAAGCGGAGGGGCGCGAUGUCUGAGGUGCGGAAAUUCACAAAGAGGCUGAGCAAGCCGGGGACGGCCGCGGAAGUCAGGCAGAGCGUGUCGGAGGCAGUGAGGAGCACCGUGGACCUGGUGGAGCAGCCAAAGAUCAUCGAGGCGCUCGACUACGAAGCAGUGGUGUUUCAGAGAAAGGCUCAGAUCCACAGUGACCCCCACAGAGACCUGCUGCUCUGCCCUGUUGACGAUGUCUCGGAGUCCCAGAUCUCCCGGCAGAGGAGGACCGUCGUUCCCUCUGUUCCUCAGAACGCCGAGCAAGAGGCCAGGGGUCUGUUUGCUAAAAAGUGCAUCAAGAUGUACAACACUGACUGGCACGUCAUCAACUACAAAUAUGAGGCUUACUCGGGCGAUUUCCGCAUACUGCCAAGCAAGGCGCUGAAGACAGACAAGCUUCCUGCACACGUGUUUGAGGUCGAUGAAGAUGCCAAAGAUGAGGACACGUCGUCGCUGUGCUCCCAGAGGGGAGGGAUCCUGAAGCAGGGCUGGCUGCAGAAGGCCAACAUCAACAGCAGUCUGUCGGUCUCCAUGAGGGUGUUUAAACGCAGGUACUUCUACCUGUCCCAGCUCCCUGACGGAUCCUACAUCCUCAACUCCUACAAGGAUGAAAAGAACUGCAAGGACACCAAAGGCUCCAUCUACCUGGACUCCUGCAUAGAUGUUGUUCAGAGUCCUAAGAUGCGGCGCAAUGGCUUUGAGCUGAAGAUGCAGGACCGCUACAGCCACUUCCUGGCUGCGGACAGCGACGCGGAGAUGGAGGACUGGGUGGUCACACUGAAACAGGCUCUGCAGAACAGCACCGAGGUCCCCGACAAGAGGAAUGGAGCUGAGCCGCUGGACUUCGCCACAGAUGAGGACAGUGUGAGCCAAGGAAAAGGUGAAGGUCUGCAGGAGAGCCAGGGGAGGAGCCUACACACCGAACUCAUGAAGUAUGUGAGGGAGACGGACCAGCUGAAUAAGAUCAACAGGAAUGAAGGCAGACAAAAGCUUUUCUCCCUGGACCCUGAAACGCAGAGGCUGGACUUCUCGGGCAUCGAGCCAGAUGUGAAGCCGUUUGAGGAGCGCUUUGGCCGACGCAUCAUGGUCAGCUGCCACGACCUCACCUUCAGCCUGCAGGGCUGCGUUAACGAGAAGGCUGACGGUGUCCUCACCAAUGUGGAGCCGUUCUUCAUUUGCCUCGCUCUCUUUGACCUGUCCAAAAACUGUAAGAUCUCAGCCGACUUCCACGUGGACCUGAAUCCUCCGCGUGUCCGGGAGAUGCUGACGGACACUUCUGGUCAACUUUCUCCUUCAUCUGAUGCGGAAGGUGCAGGUGGAGCAUCAGGAGAAGGUGGAGGAGGGGUCAUGGUGAAUGGAGACUGUGAGAGAGGGAACGGCCUUCCUGUUGUGCAGAGGGUGUCAGAGGCUCUCCUCCGCUUCCCCACACAGGGCAUUUUUUCGGUGACCAACCCUCAUGCAGAUAUCUUCCUGGUGGCCCGUGUGGAGAAGGUGCUGCAGAAUGGGAUUACACACUGUGCCGAGCCAUACAUCAAGACCUCUGACAUCAACAAGACGGCUCAGAAGGUGCUCAAAGCUGCUAAACAGACCUGCCAACGCCUGGGCCACUACCGGAUGCCUUUCGCCUGGGCGGCCAAGCAGGUGUUCAAAGAUGCUCAGGGCAGCCUGGACAUGGAUGGGAAGUUUUCUCCUCUCUAUCGCCAGGACAGCAGCAAAAUCUCCACAGACGACCUCCUCAAGCUGCUGGGCGACAUCAGGAAACCUGAGAAGAACAAACUGCAGAUCAUUCCAGGACAGCUGAAUGUGACCAUUGAAUGUGUCCCUCCUGAUUUCUCAAACACGGUGACGUCGUCCUACAUCCCAGUCAAACCCUUCGAGGAAGGCUGUGAGCGGGUGUCUGUGGAGAUUGAGGAGUUCCUCCCAGUGGAGGCCAAGUACAACUACCCCUUCACCACCUACAAGAACCAGCUGUACAUCCACCCCCUACAACUAAAAUAUGACAACCAGAAGACCUUCACUAAGGCCAGAAACAUCGCCGUCUGCAUGCAGUUCAGAGACUCGGAUGAAGAAGGUUCUCCUCCUUUAAAGUGCAUCUACGGCAAGCCAGGAGACUCUCUUUUUGCCAGCAGCGCCUAUGCAGCUGUCCUGCACCACAACCAGAGCCCCGAGUUCUACGCUGAGGUUAAAAUCGAGCUGCCGGUGCACGUACACGAGAGACACCACAUCCUCUUCACCUUUUACCACGUCAGCUGUGAGUCCAGCAAUAAGGCGAGCAGCAAGAAGCGAGAUGGGGUGGAGUCACUGGUGGGCUACUCCUGGAUGCCUCUGCUCAAGGAUGGGAGGAUGCAGUCAUCGGAGCUCCAGCUACCUGUAGCUGCUACUCUGCCUGCUGGAUAUCUGUGUCAGGACAGCAGAAAAUCCCAGCCGGAUAUCAAGUGGGUGGAAAACGCCAAGCCACUGUUCAAAGUGAAGACCCAUGUAGCAUCAACAAUAUAUCCUCAGGACCUCCAUCUGCAUAAGUUCUUCCAGCACUGCCAGCUGAUGAAGACCACACCAGGUGGCAACCCAGCAGAACUCAUCAAAUACCUGAAGUGCCUACAUGCCGUGGAGACUCAGGUUAUCAUCACCUUCCUCCCAACGGUGCUGAUGCAGCUGUUUGAAGUGCUCACAGCCGCUACCAAAGAAUCCCACGAGAUUGCUGUCAACUCUCUGCGUGUAAUCAUACAUAUAGUGUCCAAAUGUCAUGAGGAAGGAUUGGAACACUACCUGCGAUCCUUCGUUAAGUAUGUCUUCGUGACCAAUCAUCCAAAAUCAGGAAGCUCGGUGACCACUCAUGAAGUGCUGGCCACUGCUGUAACAGCGACCCUUAAGCAAACUGCUGAUUUCAACACCAGCAAUAAACUGCUCAAGUACUCGUGGUUCUUCUUUGAAACCAUGGCAAAGUCCAUGGCCCAGUACCUGCAGGAGGGAAACCGUAUAAAGAUGCCACGGCCCCAACGUUUCCCCGACAGUUUUCACCAGGCGCUGCAAUCGCUCGUGUUGUCCAUUAUGCCCCACAUCACCAUCCGCCACAUGGAAAUCCCAGAGGAAGCGAGAAGCAUCAACUUGAGCCUGGCCAGUUUAAUUAAGAGGUGCCUGACGUUCAUGAACAGAGGCUUCGCGUUCGGCCUGGUCAACCACUACAUGUGCCACUUCAGUCCGAAAGAUCCAAAGGUGCUGACAGAAAUGAAGUUUGAGUUUCUAAUGGCGGUGUGUAACCACGAGCACUUCAUCCCCCUGAACCUGCCCAUGGCGUUUGGACGCACCAAGCUGCAGAGAGUGCAAGAUUUAAUACCGUAUGCGACGGAGCUUUUUGGCCCUGUAGAGCAGAGUCUGGAGUUCAGCCUGACAGAGGAAUAUUGCAGGAAUCACUUCCUGGUGGGUCUGCUAAUGAGAGAAGUGGCCGAGGCCUUGCAGCAGGGGCCUGAAGUCAGACAGCUGGCCGUUGGCAUUCUCAAGAACCUCCUCAUUAAACAUGCUAUGGAUGACCGCUACACAGCUUUCAAGAACCAGCAGGCCAGGAUCUGCAUGCUGUACCUGCCUCUUUACGAGCUGCUCUACCAGAACCUGAAGCAGCUGUCGGCCCAGCCGCAGAUGUCAAGUCUUGGACUUGGUCUAAAUGGCUCCAAAGAUGACCUGAUAUCCACCAGCUCCACAGACAGCAGGAGAAUUAGCACCGCCAUCGAUAAAGACCACGGUCUUCCAGCUCUGAAUGGCCAAGCUGUGAGGAGAGAGGACUCCAGAAGCUCCCUGUUUAUGGACUCAGGAACACCAGACAGUAUGGAGCUGCAGCGUCGCUGCUCCACCAUGAGCAGCAGCGCCGGGCCUCCUGCCGGCAGACUUGGGCACUAUGAGAUCAAGGGCCUCCUGUUCUCCUUCCUGCACAUUGUCAAGACCUUGUCAGAGGAAACUCUAAUAGCCUACUGGAGCAAAAUCAGCCCUCAGGACAUCAUGAAGUUCCUCAGCUUGCUGGAGACUUGUAUUAUCCAGUUUCGAUACAUUGGAAAGAGAAACAUUGGCAGGAGCCAGGACGUGUGUGUGUCAAAGCUCUUCUCCUCAGACAGGAAGUCACAGACAAUGCCGGCCAUGCGCUACAACCGUGCUAGCCUGAUGCAGACCAAGAUACACCAGUUCGGCACCAUGGAAACCUCCCUCACCCUCAACAUAGGGAUGGGACCAACAGAGUCAGAGGUCCACCAUCAGGCUCUGCUGGAGGGUAACAUCUCCACCGAGGUGUGCCUAAGCGUCCUGGAUGUUCUCUCUGUUUUCACUCAGUGUUUUAAGACCCAGUUGCUCGACAGCGACGGCCACAACCUCCUGAUGAGGAAAGUGUUUGACGUCUACCUGACCUUCCUUAAAGUGGGCCAGUCCGAAGCCGCUAUCAGACAUGUGUUUGCCGCACUCCGGGGUUUUAUCAACAAGUUCCCUUCUGUGCUGUUUAAAGGCCGCGUGACGCUGUGCGAGGACUUGUGCUGCGAGGUGCUCAAAUGCUGCGUCUCCAAGCUGGCCGUCCUGCGGGCCGAGGCGUCUGCGCUGCUCUACCUGCUGAUGAGGAACAACUACGAGUACACCAAGAGGAAGACCUUCCUCCGCACACACCUGCAGAUCAUCAUUGCAGUGAGCCAGCUGAUCUCUGACGUGGCGCUGACAGGCAGCUCCCGUUUCCAGGAGUCUCUUUCCAUCAUCAACAACUUCGCAAACAGCGACAAGGCUAUGAAGUCCACAGCGUUCCCCUCUGAAGUCAAGGGUCUGACCAUGCGGAUACGGACGGUGCUGAUGGCCACGGCCCAGAUGAGAGAGCACGAGAAAGACCCAGAGAUGCUUCUAGACCUCCAGUACAGCCUGGCACGCUCCUACGCCAGCACCCCUGAGCUGCGACGGACCUGGCUGGACAGCAUGGCCAGAGCGCACCUGAAGAACGGAGACUUGUCUGAGGCUGCCAUGUGCUACGUUCAUGUGUCUGCGCUGGUUGCCGAAUAUCUCCACAGAAAAAAGUUGUUCCCUUGCGGUUUGGCUGCUUUUAAGAAGAUCACCUGUAACAUUGACGAGGAAGCAGCCAUGAAAGAGGACACAGGAAUGCAGGACGUCUAUUACACCGAGGAAGUCUUGGUGGAGCACCUAGAGGUUUGUGUGGACGCCCUGUGGAAAGCUGAACGCUAUGAGCUCAUCACGCACGUCGCCAAACUUAUAAUCCCCGUCUAUGAGAAGCGUCAUGAAUAUGAGAAACUGAGCCGGCUGUAUGAUACUCUUCACAGAGCCUACAACAAAAUCAUGGAGGUGAUCCACUCUGGCCGCAGGCUGCUCGGGACAUAUUUCCGAGUCGCUUUUUAUGGGCAGGGCUUCUUUGAGGAAGAGGAUGGAAAGGAGUACAUCUACAAGGAGCCCAAACUCACUGGUCUGUCUGAAAUCUCCCAGCGGCUGCUCACCCUCUAUGGGGACAAGUUUGGUCCAGAAAACGUCAAAAUCAUCCAGGACUCAAACAAGGUAAACCCCAAAGAACUGGACUCCAGGUUCGCCUAUGUCCAAGUGACGUUUGUCAAGCCCUACUUCGACGAGAAGGAGGCGCCGGAAAAGAAGACGGACUUUGAAAAGUGCCACAACAUCAGUCGCUUUGUGUUCGAGACGCCGUACACACUGUCAGGGAAGAAACACGGCGGCGUGGAGGAGCAAUGCAAGAGGAGGACUGUCCUCACAUCUGUCAACACUUUCCCGUAUGUCAAAAAGCGCAUCGAGGUCAUAGGGGAGAGGCAGGUGGAGCUGAAGCCCAUUGACGUAGCCAUCGACGAGAUGAAGGCCCGCACGGCUGAGCUGACCAAGCUGUGCUCCAGCCAGGAAGUGGACAUGAUCCAGCUGCAGCUCAAGCUGCAGGGCUGCGUCUCUGUGCAGGUGAACGCAGGCCCCAUGGCGUACGCCAGGGCGUUCCUGGACGAGAGCAAAUCCAACUCAUCCGGCAGUAAAAAAGCCAAAGAGCUUAAGGAGGUUUUCAGACGUUUCGUCGAGGCAUGCAGCAUGGCACUAGACAUUAACGAACGAAUCAUUAAGGAGGACCAGUUCGAGUAUCACGAGGGCCUGAAGUCCAACUUUAGGGAUAUGGUGAAGGAGCUCUCUGACAUCAUCCAUGAACAGCUUUAAGGAAAAGCAGAUCUACCAGGAGGAUAUGAUGCGAUCGCUGCUGCAUAACUCCCUCCAUGUUUUCCGUGCCAUCAGCGGGACGUCCACAGACCUGAGCUGACCUCAAGCACUGCCCCUCUGUCUUUUCACAGCUCCCCCAACCCCACCAUAAUGUUUAUCCUUUCACAUUUCCCUUAAGGUCAUAAACUGGUUGAUAACCGGGCAGCAGCCUGCCUGAGCUUGCUUAUACGCUGCCCCACCCAUGGCGACAAUGCUGACUGUCUAUCUGUGGCAUCUCUGCCUGAUGUGCAGAGGAAUUUGGGGUAAAAAGAAAAAACAUUGCAUGGUAGAUGGAUUGGACAUUCACACCACAGGAGCAGUAUUUCUCAGAAUGUACUACAUAAACCUGGGUUAAAUGUGUGCAUGCCAGAUAAAGCCGAGGAAUUCCAGACUGCAAUGCACUUUUUCCUCAUUAAACCUUUGUUUAACUUCCAUGCUGAAGCAAUUCUCCGUCCUCUCUCUGCGACGUUGCCCUAAGGAUUUAUGCAGAAUGCCGCUCUCCAUCCUAAAGUCAAAUUUCUACAAGAGAGGACUUUUUAAAGCAUCUUUUAGCUGCACUUCAAUGUUUUCUUUUUUCCCUUUUAUAUUUUUUCAUGCCUAGUUUAAAUACGACAACCAGAUUAAUAGUGACACCCUGCAGCAUCAAGAUGUGAUGCAAUGUCCUUGGUUUCUGUAAUGUGGCAGGGCCUUCCAGGUUAAAAGAUUAAGUCACCUACACAUAAAAAUGGCUUACAGUAUUUACACCCCUUUAACUUUUUUUACAUUGUGUCACAUUCUAAUCAUAAACUAGCAUGUUGCUUACCUCUGAAAAGUGGUCAGACUUGCAAGGCCUUUGGGGACAGUCUGCAUACCUAGACACUGAAUUUCUUUAGCAUUCUUCUUUGUAAAAUAGCUGAAGCUGAGGCAGAUUGUAUGAAGGUCUGAACACUAAUUUUCAGGUCUUUGAAAACAGAUUAGUUGGAUUUUGGUCUGGACUUCACUCCAGCAUGAUGCUGCCACCAUCACGUUCCACCAUGGGGAUAUUGUGUUUAGGGUUAUGUGACAUCUCACUUUUCUGCCGUAUAACGUUUUGAAUGUAUUCCAGAAACAUCAGUUUUGGGUCUCAUCUGACCAGAGUACCUUCUUCCACGCGUUUGCUGUGUCCCUUAAAAGCCUUUUGGCAAACCGUAAACAGGACUUGACUAAUACAGCACGCCACUCAUAGGUGUCCUGUCAACAGUCUCUCCCACUAGAGUUGUGGAUCUCUGCAGCUCCUCCAGACUUACCUUGGGCUUGGUAGGUUUGCAGCCAUAUGCCAGAAGUUUAAACAUCAGCAUACUGUUUUAUAACCUCACCCUGCUUCUUCCUGAGCUCUCUUUCACAAAUAAAAAUGUAAAAAACAUUUUGAAUUUUCCUUCCACUGCACAAUUAUGCUGUACUUUUGUGUUUUGGGUUGUAACACGACAAAAUGUGGGAAAGUUAAGGGGGUGUAGAUAGUUCUGCAAUGCUUUGCAUAGCCAGCAUAUGGCAAAAGAAACCAUGUGAAUGCCAGGGAACAAAUGCUGUGUGACAAUGCAGAUGAAAACAAAGUUUGGUUGUUUUUUAAAACAAAAAGCUCUGCUUUCAGGAUUUUUUAAAUGCAACGCAAUAAAUAGUAACCACAGCAGAGCUUUAACUGAUAGUUUUAAACAUUCUUUUCCUUUGAAAUCAGGACUGACUACAAUAAUAAAAGCUGUGUGAUAAUAUUUACUCAAGCCAAUGAAGAGCUCCUCUUCUGGCUGUAGAGCCGGUGCCUUCUGGAAAAAAAAAAAACCAUUUAAACCUGGUCUAACUCAACUAAAACCAUCACAGGUCUGUCAUUCCAAGUAUUUCACAAGUGCUACACUGAAACAAGCAGAUAGAUGAAUAAUAUUUAAGCUGAUGUGUACAUAAUGUGUUGUCAUGAUGUAAAUUGAAUUCUGUAUGUAUGUAUGAUAUUUUGUAGGUCAGUCCAAAAUCAGUCUUUGCAAAGGUUUUUUUUUUUUUAAUCUUUUUAGUUUUAUUGCAUUGUCUACAAAUGUGCAGCUGCUUAUCAAACUUACUUUGUAAACUUUUUUUUCCCAAUAAAACCUGAAAAUAGCGA